AUGGUCAACACAAAGAUAAUCAGGCAGAGAGAAUCGCUGCCAGUUUUUCCUUACAGACAAGAAAUAAUUGACGCGAUAAAAAAUGAACCCUUGCUCGUAGUUAUCGGAGAGACCGGAUCUGGCAAAACAACACAGAUCCCUCAGUACAUGUUAGAAAGUUUUCCAGAAUUCAGGUUAAUUGGAGUAACUCAGCCUAGACGUAUAGCAGCAAUUACUGUAGCUAAUCGAGUAUCUGAAGAACAUGGAUGUAGAUUAGGUGAAGAUAUCGGAUAUUGUAUACGGUUCGACGAUUGUACAUCACCAAAAACACGUUUAAAAUAUAUGACUGAUGGUGUUUUGUUGCGUGAGGCAACUAUCGAUUCACGAUUAGGACAUUAUGAUGCUAUAAUUGUUGAUGAAGCUCACGAAAGAACACUGGAAACUGAUGUUUUAUUUGGAUUAUUAAAAGAAACUCAUCGUUUACGUCCAGAAUUAAAAAUUCUUGUAAUGUCUGCAACACUUAAUGUAGAAAAAUUUUCGGAUUUUUUUAAUAGUUGCCCAAUAUUUGUUAUUCCUGGGAGAACACAUGAUGUGGCAAUUAAUCAUCAUCGUGAUGCAAAGAUUUCUAGCCUUAAAUCAACUUUUGUUCAACGCUCUGUAGAGACCUCCUUAUAUAUUCACACUCAAGAACCUCCGGGCGAUAUUUUGGUAUUUUUGACUGGCCAGAAUGAAAUAGAGAAGGCAUGUAGAGACCUUGAAGAUCUGGAUCGAAACUUAAAUUAUAAACCUGAUGUCAAAUAUUACGAGGAUGUAAAGGGCUUGGUGAUAUACCCUAUUUAUGCUACGUUGGAAACUAUGGAACAAAAAGCUAUAUUUGAUGAUCCUCCUCGAUAUACUAGAAAGGUUGUGUUUGCAACUAAUGUUGCUCAGACUUAUGAUCCGACUACUGGAAUGGAUGCCCUUUUAGUUGUACCGAUUUCCCAAGCCGCCGCUACACAAAGGGCUGGUCGUGCAGGUCGAACAGCUUCGGGUCAAGCUUUUAGACUUUAUAGUCGUGAGUCAUAUGAACAGUUGGAACCAGAUACUGUACCGGAGAUACAAAGGAGUAGCUUAUUGGGUACAGUACUUAGUUUAAAGAAAAUGGGGAUCAAUGACAUUAUCAACUUUGAAUUUAUCGAUCCACCUGAUCCUGCCAUGGUGAAAAAUGCUUUAAAACAACUCUUUUUGUUAGAAGCUAUAGAUGAUACUGGAAAGCUCACUGCUAUGGGUAACGAAAUGUCAAUUUUUCCAUUAAGUCCCUUCUUAUCUAGAGUAUUAAUCGCGAGCGCAAGACAAUAUGAAUGUAGUCGAGAGGUUUUAAUAAUAGUGGCAAUGCUUUCGGUUGAGGAAAUUUUCAUAUCUCCAAGGAAUGCUGAAAAACAAAUGGAUGCUGAUGAAAAAAGAAAAGAGUUCUAUCAUCCCUCAGGAGAUCAUAUGAUGCUAUUGAACAUUUUUGAAAAAUUUCGAGAUAAUGGUUAUAGCCGUGAUUGGUGUAGAGAUAAAUACUUUAAUUAUCGAGCUUUAUCGAUGGCUAAAAGCAUUCGUGAUCAACUCAAAGAAUUAAUGGAAAAACAUGAUCUUCCGUUGGUUUCAUGUCGACUAAAAAAUUAUCAAGUCAAAGAUGAUGGUGGUAGGCAGAGGAAAAAACGAAGAAAUUCUUAUCAAGAUGUUAAGUAUAAUGUCGAAAAAAUGCUUGAAUCAUUUUCUACUUCGUAUUAUAUAAACCUAGCAAAAAGGCAUCCUCAUCGUCCGGUAUUUUAUCACUAUGCAUCAGCCACCGGUCCUGGCAGUGAGAGUAUAGAUUCAAAUUCGUCGUUGUUGGCGUUACAUAUUUCUCCUACAUCCGCGUUACAUCCUGAUAAUAAAGUAGUUAGGGUUGAUGAUUUAGAUUGGGUAACUUAUCAUAGCGUUUUAUACACGAAUAAGGCUUUAAUGAAAGUUGUUAGCAAAGUCAAACUAGAAUGGGUGCAAGAAAGACUAGGUUUAUUUAAAAAACUGGCAGCAGCAAAUUUGGAUGCUUCUUGUAGCAAAAGUAAAAGUGAAAACAAUAUGCAAGAUGAUACGAACGAUGAUAAUGACAAUAAAGUAAAUUCAACGAUGGUUGAUGUACAAGAAGUAAAGAAUCAAGAUGAUGAGAAAAAAAGAAAAAGAUUAGAAGUCAUCGAAGCUGCGAGACAAAGAGCAUUGGCUAGAAAAUCCAUUACCGAUCAAGAUUGA